CCGGCGGCAGCGGGUGAGGCGGCGCGGCGGGAGUCGGCCCAAGGCCGGACCGCCCCGCUCCCACCGGGCUCGGCUCGGAGCCCCCGCCGGUGGCCGCCACGGGCGGGGCCGGGAGCUGCGGGCCAGAGGGAGUUGUGCAGAGGGGCAUCUGUGUGUCCCGUGGGGCUGGGGACAGCCGGCAGGAAUGGUGGGUUACGACCCCGAAGCCAAGUGCGUGUCCACGGCGGAAGCGGCUCUAGCGGGAUCAGCGUCUGGCUUGGUCACUCGGGUCCUUGUCAGCCCCUUGGAUGUCCUCAAGAUCCGCUUUCAGCUCCAGAUCGAGCAGCUCUCCUCCAGAAACCCCGCAGCCAAGUACCACGGCAUUGUGCAAGCUGUGCAGCGCAUCUUCCAGGAGGAGGGCUUGACAGCCUUCUGGAAGGGCCAUGUUCCUGCUCAGUUCCUUUCAGUUGGUUUUGGAGCUGUUCAGUUCAUGGCAUUUGAGAGCCUGACAGAGCUGGUGCACAACGUCACCUCCUUCAACACCCGUGACUCCUUCGUGCACCUGGUGUGCGGGGGCCUGGCUGCCUGCACGGCCACGGUCGCAGUGCAGCCUGUGGACACGCUGCGCACCCGCUUUGCUGCCCAGGGUGAGCCAAAGAUCUACUCCAACCUUCGCCAUGCAGUGGUGACCAUGUACCAGACAGAAGGGCCUCGGACUUUCUACAGAGGUUUGACCCCGACACUUGUUGCUAUCUUCCCAUAUGCUGGUUUCCAGUUCUUCUUCUACAACAUCCUGCAGCAGUUUUCCAAAUGGGUGAUUCCAGCAGAAGCAAAGAAUGGAGCCAAUGUUAAAAACCUUGUCUGUGGCAGCUGUGCUGGAGUCAUCAGCAAAAGCCUCACAUACCCUUUGGAUGUGGUCAAAAAGCGACUGCAAGUGCGUGGCUUUGAGCACGCUCGGGCAGCCUUUGGGCAGGUACGGACGUAUGGGGGUCUCCUGGACUGCAUGAGGCAGAUCAUGCGAGAGGAGGGCCCAGGUGGGUUCUUCAAGGGCCUCUCUCCCAGCUUGCUGAAGGCUGCCUGCUCCACUGGCCUCAUCUUCUUUUGGUACGAACUGUUCUGCGGCCUCCUGUGCGCCAUGAAGAGCCCUGAGAGCACAAAGAGGCAGGAAGGAUGAAAGGGACGUGUGUGGCUGCCUGCUGUUAUCCUCAGGAGGGGAGACUGCUCUGUCAUGAGCUUGUUGGAAAUGUCAGAGCUCCCAGAGCUCCCCUAGCCUGUGGGGAAUCACCUCCUGGGACCAAGCAGAAGGAGAAGGCGACUGCAGUUCUGCUGAAGACACUGAACUGCUUGGCAGGGAGCCGUUCAACAGAGCACUUUUCUUCUGUCUUCUCUCAUAUCAGUGCACAUUUAGUGGGGAGAAGGGGAACCAACAGACCACUCCCUAGCAAUGCCAGUGCUCUGGAAUGGCACCCAGUAAAGCAGGUGAAUCCCUGAAGCUUGCCCUGGAUCCCAGAGGAGGGAUUCUGGCCCAGCCUAGUGCUGCUUAACCAACUAAACACCACUUCCUAGCACUGCAUCUGCACAGCUUUAUUCCCUUGCUCUGUGCCUGCUGUUUGCACCAGAUCCUUGUCUCAGUGUUGCACAGGUUGCUCUGGUGUGAAGUCAGAUAAAGCUGCGUUAGGGUACAAACCCUCAGUUUUCCUUUCCUUUGCUGCCAGCUGCUGCUGCUUGGUCACAACUUGCUGGCUGAGCAUUUUUUGUCAUCUUCAACACAGUACCUUCUCUGAUCAUGCUGGACUAGACUUCCUUUAACUCCCGUGACCUUGAUUGUAUGCUGAAUUCCCAUUUCUCUUCCUGGGUGUCUGGCCAUACAUCUCUUAGGGAUUUGCAGUGCCUCACUGACACUUUUUUACAAGCAAACCUGCAUAUUAAGAGGGCCAGUCUGAGGGGAUUCAAUGCACAAAUCCAAUUUUUACUUCAGGGUUCUUUGCUUCAAAGCAGUGAAUAAACAAAUGCUGUAUGGAGUUAAAUAAUUAUUCUAAGUUGGAAUAAUGAAGGGAAAGUCCUGUGUAAACUAGUGAUUUUUUUAUCAUUAUUUAUUUAGUUUCACCUUUGAAUGUGUCUAACUAGUAUAUCUGUAGUGGCUUCAAAAUAUAUUUCAGAACCUCAGUCCUGCACUGGUGCUAGCAGAUGAAAAUCUUUUGACAAUAUUUGCUGAAGUGAAAGGAAUGAACAUCAAAUGGGAAUUGGUUGGCUGAGCGUGGUGUUUCACAUGAGUGAUUAAAUUAGAGAUAGAAAAGCAUUUUUCUGGAGUUUCAAAGGUUUUGUGAGUGCUUACAAAAACUGACAAAACCUACCAACAACUCUGAUUUACACAACAGUGGAAAAGAGGAAAAUUACUUUCUUACUCUUCUUUAAUGCUGUUUUUUUUUCAAGCCUAGCAGGGUGUGGCUGGACUGUGUGGGAGGCAGAGUUCCCAGCCCUGCCGUACAAAAGCGUUCCUCAUCUGCAAGGGGUGGAUAAGGCGAGCACUGCAGUUAUUUGGAGGAUGGUUUGAUGGUUCUUGAUACAGAGCUUUUGCCAGCUCUUUUGCAGUAUUCAGGGUGUUAAUCCCAAAUGGUCUGGCCAAAUUCCAGCAUGAGCAAUUCCAUUCCAUUGACGAAACUUCUCCUGGCAAUUUUGAGCAUAUCAGCAUUGCUCACUUAUCCUGAGCUAUUGUCAGAGGCUGUUUUUAAAAAACAGCUGUUUGACUAAUAGCUGAGGUAUCUGGAGAAAUUCCUUGCAAUCCCAGGCUGAAUAACUUUGUGUCUGUUACAGGUUUGGGAUCUUGGAGUACAAAGUUACUGCAGGUGACUGAGCUGCAUAAAAUUAAGUUCAUUGAGUAGUGUCAGUGUCAGGCAGGAGGCCAAUAUGUGAGUCUUAAAGAGGGAGAGAGCUGCAUAUACUCUAAAAAUGAUUGUUUUGUUUAGAGCAGAAAAUGUGGAGUUUCUCAAAGUGGCUCAAUCCUAUUGGCAUUUUCCUGUGUUAUUUAAGCUCUUCUGAGAUUGCUCAAAAUCUUCUUAGCAAUGUUUAGCCUUUGUUUAUUGUUCUUGGAAAGACACGAUAAAGAGUAAUGAACUCAGCCUCAUGACAUCCUUCUGAGGGAGAGAAAUGUCUCUUUUCAAAACAGACACAAACAGGUUGACUUUGCUACUGUUGUUGCUGAUGAGAGCAAUGCCGUCAUGGUUAGCAGGGACAGGCCAGAGCAGAAAAUGUUCAGUGCUGACCUAGGCUUCCUUAGGAAAUGGGGAUUCAUCCGUCCUGUCUAAACAUUGCAAGACUCCUCUUCCAUUUUUUGUCAAAGAGCUGCUGUUAAACCACACAAAAUAGGGGGAAACUGGUUGGGAACUCAGCAGCAGGAAAGAACAGGCAGAUCUGUGUUCUGUUAAGAUGAUGUUCCUUGAGGCUGCUGUGGAGCUUGGGGUGAUGCUGGCAUGGGCAGCUUUGGAUGCUCCACAGAGAGGGCAGCACUAGAGAGUAUGGAGCAGCUUUUCCUCUCUGGGGUUAUUUUUUCCUCUACUCUGCAUUAACUGAGCUUGCCUCCACCCAACAGAUGGCAAAGCCAGAGUUUAAGUUGUGCCUGUCUGGCCAGGCUGUGGAAGAAGCACUCCCUGGUCAGAGACCUUUGGGCUGUGAAUCACAAAUGUGAGGUGCAUAAAGGCAUCUGGGCUUCCACUGAGAGGGAGAAAAGAUGUGAGAACCUCAACAAUAUUAGGAGCUGCAUCCAACAAUCACUUCUUCAUCUCUGAUCAGCAGCAUCUGUCCCUCAGAUUUCUCAUGUGCACUUCACUGGGGAAAGCACUGUAAGAGGAAUGUUGAUUUCUCUGUGGGAUUGAGGCUGAAUGAAGCACUAGGAGAACAGGUCUUAUUUCUCAUGCUGCUCUGACAAAACACAUGCUGUUAGGAGCUAAAUCUCUUAGAAUUAGAGGAGCAGGAGAUGGGAGAGAUCUGUAGUCACCUUGUUCUCUUGGUGCUGGGACAGAUUUGCUCUUGGAAGCUGCGCACUCCUGUUCAGUGUGAAGUGACUCAAUAUGGUGAAUGCCUCGCUGUGAGACUUGGCCGAUUUUUGGCCACUGGGAUUUCUGUCCAAGCUAAUCCUAUCACCAGGGAGUUGCCUGCAGUUCACCUCACAAGCUGCUCAGCAGUUGCGUUUGUUUUCUUCUAGUGCCUUUUACAAUGAGAACAUCCAAAAGCUCUUUAGCAAGCAGAGCAUUGGCAAGGAGUUGUGCCAUGGUUGUUCGCAGCUCCAGUGAGCCGGACUCAGACGCACAAGAUCUACGAGGAACAUGCUGCUUCCUGCGGUGCUGGCUGGCUCACUGGGUUCCUAGGACAGCCCCACUCUCAGGAUGCUCAUCCAGAGCUGCACAGCAUCAUUUUUGACAAGAAAUGAAUGUUUUGCAGUUGGGACUGGAAUAGAUCAUAUUUAAUUUGGAUUUAAGUUUCUCUUGUGAUGUAGAAACUGUAAGUGUGGCAUUUUGCUGUGUUGUCUGAGUGGAUCUUUUGCAGCUGCUGUUUCCUGAAAGCAUCCGAGUGCAACACACAAAGUGUGCCUACCUUUAAGACAAGGUACAUUAAAUAUUUUGUUAUGCAGUG